GUGAAAAGUGCCAGAGCCGACGGGGGAUGUACACAGGUAUUGGGUAGAGGUAUCUACCUACCUAGGUAGGUAGGUACCUAUGUAUGUACCGAACGCAAUGCAUAAGUGAUCAUGCGUAUAAUGAGGAGGCUAUGUACGAGUGGCUGGAAAGCGGUCAAACGCCAACCGGUAUCUGCACAGCCACCAUCCUGGCAGAAUUCGCCCAGUUCAACUUUUUUUGGUCGAAUUAAAAAUUUCCUAGCGACCUCUUACCAGGGCUAGGGAGCCCAUCCACCAUCCCGUCUGCUAUCCGCCCGGAUUCCAAGUCGUCGUCAUUCCACCUACGUCUACCUGCGUGCAGGCAUCGUCCAGCUGACACAUUGCCAGCGAAGCUUGCCAUGCCUGCGGCUCGCCCGGGCCACCGCACGGGUAGCCGUGUCCCGCGAAAGCAACCGAAACCCACGGAGAAUCCGAAGUCGCUGAAGAGAAAACGGGACCAGGAAAACCUGCAGAAGCUUCAAGGCGCUGUCGAUGAGUUUGAUCCCAAGUCCCAGGACGUGACAAAAUUCUCCGCCCUGCCUCUCUCCGCGCCAACCGCCUCCGGCCUCGAAGCGUCGCAUUUCGAAACCCUGACCGACGUCCAAGCUCGCGCUAUCCCCCUCGGCUUAAAGGGUCGUGACAUUCUCGGCGCGGCAAAGACCGGCUCUGGAAAGACCCUCGCAUUCCUCGUCCCUGUCCUCGAGAAACUCUACCGCGCGCAAUGGACCGAGUACGACGGGCUGGGCGCUUUGAUCAUCUCGCCCACGCGCGAGCUCGCCGUGCAGAUAUUCGAGGUCCUGCGCAAGAUCGGCAGGCACCAUACCUUCUCUGCUGGCUUGGUUAUCGGCGGCAAGAGCUUGCGUGAGGAAGCCGAGCGGCUGGGUAGGAUGAAUAUUCUCGUAUGCACUCCGGGCCGCAUGCUGCAGCACCUAGAUCAGACGGCCGGCUUCGACGUCGAUAAUUUGCAGAUACUGGUCCUCGAUGAAGCCGACCGUAUCAUGGACAUGGGGUUCCAAUCCGCCGUAGACGCGCUCGUCGAGCAUCUACCGACAUCGCGACAGACGAUGCUGUUCAGCGCGACGCAGAGCAAAAAAGUCUCCGAUCUAGCUAGGUUGAGCCUCAAGGACCCCGAAUACGUCGCUGUCCACGAGGCCGCAGCCGCUGCUACUCCGGCGACGCUGGCGCAGCACUACCUCAUAACGCCCUUGCCGGAGAAGACGGAGACUCUGUACGGGUUUAUCAAGGCAAACCUGAAAAGCAAGAUGAUCGUGUUUCUAUCGUCGGGGAAGCAGGUCCGUUUUAUCUACGAGAGCUUUCGCCAUCUGCAGCCUGGCAUCCCGCUUCUGCAUCUACACGGCAGGCAGAAGCAGGUGGCGCGGCUGGAAAUCACCUCGAGAUUCUCUGCAGCCAAAUACUCUUGUCUCUUCGCUACCGACGUCGUCGCACGGGGUGUUGACUUCCCCGCGGUUGACUGGGUAGUGCAGAUGGAUUGCCCCGAGGACACAGACACCUAUAUCCACCGAGUUGGACGAACGGCACGCUACGAGAGGGACGGCAAGGCAGUCCUCUUCCUGGACCCGAGCGAAGAAGGGAUGCUGAUGCGACUGGAGCAGCGGAAAGUCCCCAUACAGAAGGUCAGCAUACGGGAAAAGAAGAAGCAGAACAUACAAAACCAGAUACAGGACAUGUGCUUCAAAAAUCCAGAUCUCAAGUAUCUCGGCCAAAAGGCAUUCAUCAGUUACACUCGCUCCGUCCACUUGCAGAAAGACAAAGAAGUUUUCGACCUGAACAAGUUGGACCUAGAUGCCUAUGCUGCUAGCUUGGGAUUGCCCGGGGCGCCGCAGAUUCGGUUUCAGAAAGGCGAGGAUGUCAAGAAGCUGAAGAACGCACCUCGAGCGGGCCUUUCUAGCGACUCCGAGCCCGAGCCCGACGAUGCCAAGAGAAAGCGAAAGAAGGGCGAAGUGCGGACGAAAUACGAUCGGAUGUUCGAAAGGACAAACCAAGACGUGCUGACUAGUCAUUACACUAAGAUGAUUGGCGAGGAAGGCCAAGAGGCGAAUGAGGAAAGUGAUAACGACGAUCAAGAUUUCCUCUCGGUGAGGCGGGUUCUAGAAGGCGACGAGUUAGACGUGGGGGCCGGCGACGGUCUAGCUCCAGGAGCCAAGAUCGUCAGCGGGCUCGGCGGCGAGGAGCCGUUCGUAGUAGACUCGAAGCGAAGAGAAAAGAUGCUGAAAUCUAAGAAGAAGAUGCUUAAAUUCAAGGGCAAGGGCGACAAAGUGGUGUUCGACGACGAAGGGAACGCGCACCACCCGUACAAAAUCCAGGACGAAGAAGAAUUCCGGCAGGCCGGGCCAGCGGAAGCUCAACGGCAGAAGUUCGUCGAGGACGAGACGGUCAAGGUCAAGGAGGCCGACAUCAGCGAUAAACUGCACGCCAAGGAAAGGCGUCGGGAGAAGAAGGAGAAACGAAAGGCGCGAGAAGCAAUGGAGAGGGAGACGGGAACGGGCUCCCGGAUGCCUAGACUUGCGACAGACGACGGCGAGGGAGAAGAUCCCCUCGCCCUCAUGGCCUCGCUGCCGAUGGCGGGAGAGGGCACCGACAGCGACGAGGAAGAGAGGGAAGAGAGACGUCCGGCGAAGAGGGCGAAGAAAUGGUUCGAGGACGACUCGGAGGCGGAUGAGGAGGAGGCGAGAGGCGCGAGGAGAAAUAAGGGCAGGAAAGGUAGGGGUCAGGGCAAGGUCAUCGAGGUGGCUGACGCACCCGACACACUGGAGGGUUACGAGGCAUUGGCAGCCGGCCUGUUGGACGAGUGAUGGUGUUGUGAUAUAUUGUGUAUAUAUAUAUUGCAUACACGGUAGUAUGCAGACAGGCGCAGGUACAUAGGCCCUCCGUUUACGGCGGGUUAUUCUUAUGCCCAGUACUGCCCUGUAGGCAUAGUGGGGUUGUUAUGCAACAAAUUGCUGCCCCUCCUUCUUCCGCUCGGGUGGGGCGGGUACUUGACACGCGCGAAAGGGUCCAUGGGGUACCUGGGAUGCGUGUACCUGUUGCCCGUCGCUUAGCACGACGACGGGCUUUGCAGUACCUGGCAGAGAUGUACUGGCGGCCCCACAUGUUUUCUUACUGUACAAGCUGGCGAUGGAAGGGAAGCGAAGGGGAUG